ACCUACAACUUGUCUUUAGCGUUGAAUAUAAUGGACGCAAAAGAUCUUCCGCCUAUACGAACUUUCAAUUUCAUUUUGGAAUAUGGUCUGUUCAUUCUGAUAAUUGUGCUGUAUUUAUAUAUUCAAGACUGGGACAAGUUCAGAUUAAAUCGAUAUAG